AAGCCGAAUAAAAUGUGCAAACAAGCGUGGAGGAAGUAACUGUGUCGCUUGAAGGAAUUACAUCGACAUGAACGAUACUAUAAAAGCUCAGUAAACAAUCAAUAAGAAACUAAAACAUUUUAUUUUAUUUUAUGCCUAUAAGUUAGUUUAACAAAUCUUCUUCUGCUACUAGCGCUAGCUGCCGGAUAAGCGUGGUUAAUAUUAUUUCACGUCGUUAUCCAAAUUCUUUUGAUAUAGUUGAUUACAUGCCAUUGUUUUGUGUUGGCAGGGAUAAAGGAUCAUUAAUGAUCAGCUGAUGAUUUUUAUACCCAUCGGUAUCCAGAAGUUUUAUGACAUGUGUUAGCCACCCAAGCUUGACAGCAGUACACAAACGUGCCGCUGGGUGUCGCCAUUUAGUUACGGAUGGUACACAUUUGAGAAUGGAGGCCAAACACGACGUUUUCUUUAUUGAAAGUUAUAGUAGCUCAGAGGUUGAGGAAGAACCUGACUUCAGUUAUUCAAACAAACUCUUUGCAAAGCUCAGCAAGGACAGCUCUGCGUUGCCUCUGCUGGCCUUCUCCAUCACCUCUGGAAAGGCUCCCCGGGACACUGAGCAGGCCACCAAAGCUGAGGUGGAGGAACGAGAGGAGGACAGUGAUUUUUCUGUUGAGGAGUGGAUGAUCUUGGGGGGAGAAGAUGAGGCGGACUCAAACAUCCAACUCAACCUGAGUUACUGUGGAGAGGAGGACUGCAAAGAUGUGACAGAUGAGAGUGUUACAUCACAAAGUCAUACCUGGCUUGUUUCGGACAAAGACAAGUACGGCUAUGAUCAGUCUUUGUUCGGCCGAUAUUUCUUCCCUGGGCGCUCCUCCUUUUGCUACCGGUGCUUCAAGUCUGGACAUGUGGCCAAAAGGUGCUCUUUUGACAAGAAAAGUUCUACUUGUGUCCUUUGUGGGACUCAAGGCCACGUCCAGAAAAAUUGCCCGGGUCGCCCCUGUCCGGACUGCGGCCUGCCUGCUCAUGGGCUCCAUCCCUGCAGAAUACCACCGGUGUGGAACCAACACUGCAGACGCUGUGGGAUGAUAGGCCACCUUUCCUUUACCUGCCCGGAUACAUGGCGCCAGUACCACCGGACAGUCAGGUCAGGUGUUCCUCUCAGCUCGAGGCCUGUCGCUCGUCUUAGCCAGAAAAGUUGUGCCCACUGCUACAACUGCUCUAAACGUGGACACUACGGCUAUGAGUGUGCAAGGAUAAGGAUGGUCAGGGGGACCUUUCCGACGCUGCCUUAUGUUUGCCAUUAUGACUCACUUGAGGAUGUUCUUCGGCGCCAGACCAGGAUGGAGACAGGGGCUAAGGGCCAAAUACCAGAUGAGAAGAGUGAGAAGGAUUCUUUGCUCCAGGGAAGAUGUAAGAUCAAGCAAGGGGCAAGUGGCCAAGCUGGAAGGAGGAAGACGUGGCCGGAGAGGCGCAGAGAGAGGCGCCAAAUAAAGCAACUUAGGAGGAAGGCCCAAGCGAUUAGGGAAGGCGGGCUCCUGGGGAGGUCUCGCUAUGACUCUGAGGACAGAGGAGGGACAGCUGACCUAUCAAAAAAACCAAAAACCAGGCAGUCCGUGCACCCUUCUGAGAAAAAAAACAACCAGGAGCUAGUUGGUAGAAAAAAAUGGCAAAGCAAACUUAAAGAUUUACAAAGUAAGAAGAAAAAGAAGCAAAAGGACUUGCAUCCGUUUGGAGAUGAGAACUUUGGAGGUGAAAAAGUUUUCUCUCCAAAUCAGAGAGUCCGUCACAGACGGUGAUAAAUAGUUCAAAUGUAUUAUUUGUUAAUAAAGAAUUUGACCUCUUCGUAUUCACUAUAAAAAAGAUAAAUUGUU